AGAGUGCCAUUAAAGUUUAGAAGGAACAUUUUGGAUUGAGACAUUUGUAGUGAUAAAAGACUUUAUAGUAAGUCGACAGUAGUUUCGAGUUCAAUAUCUAAACAAUUUUUAUCCCUUUCUCUUUGUUAAAAAAACUCAAACUCUGUUUAAAUGUAUUGAUACAAAAUCUUAAAAUUGUUUUGAUAUUUGAGAUUUGGUAUCGUGGAGGGGAGGUCGAGUCAGUCUAAAUGGGCUUGUGAAGUGUCAUAUGUUGGGAAUCGAUAAAUCGUUUAAUGUGUCGUUGGUGGAUGUUUCAUCUUUUAAUUUUACAGAGAAUUUGAGUGCUUGAGAAAGCACGAAUUAGAAAGGUUGUAACUUCACAGAGCAAGAGCGCCUUGUUUAAUUUUACAGAGAAUUUGAGUGCUUGAGAAAGCACGAAUUAGAAAGGUUGUAACUUUAUAGAGCAAGAGUGCCUUGUUGAGUGCUUGAGAAGACGGACCAUGCAACACCGAUUAAUAGUGUUCUUAGUGGGAUUUUGUUUUCUAAUUUUGCCUUCUAGUGGGAUUUUGUUUCUUUAACUUUGCCGAGAACUUGAGAAAGCACGACCUGAAGAGUUAGCAUAUGUUCAAAUCUCGUAAAGAGAAAUUAUUGAGAUUUUUUUAGUGAGUAAUCGUAGGCACACACGCAUGGUCCAUCUUCUCAUAUACGUGAUGAUGUUUUUUUUAAUAAACUAGCACCUCUUCAAGUUGCACAUUUUCAUUUAGUAAAGUCAAGAGAUAAAACCCGGUCAAGGACGAUAGCCGAAAUGUUAAGGGAACUUUGCCAAUCUCUUGCCUUAGCCUUACCCUUUGAUGGUGGCCACCAAUUGUUGCUACAUUUCUUUCAGAUAAUAUUCAACAGCACUGCCACUUCAAGUUGGGUACUGCAGGCUAAUUAAAUCAAGUUUUUAAUGAGAAAUGAGCUCGUUGCAGACCCUUUUGGCUCCUUCACUUUCCAUUUCUUUCUCAUCAUCGAACUCAAAGCCCCGUUAUUCACCUCUCGAAUCCCUAGAAACAUGCUCUUCCUUGGCCCAACUCAAGCAAAAUCAUGCCCACCUCACCAAACUCGGCCUUUCCUCCGAUAACGAUGCCAUGGGUCGCCUCAUCAAGUUUUGUGCUUUGUCUAACGACGGAGAUUUGGGCUACGCACUCCACCUGUUCGAUACAUUGCCUCAUCCGGAUGCUUUCAUUUACAAUACCCUCAUCAGAGGUUACUUGCUACGGAGACAAGCUGCCGACUGCAUCGUUCUCUACUUGCGGAUGUUGCAAGAUUCUGUUUUGCCUAAUAAGUUCACUUUCCCUUGUCUCAUAAGAGCUUGUUCGGUUGAUGGUGCUGUUGAAAAAGGGGCUCAAAUUCAUGCCCACGUCUUCAAAUUCGGGUUUGCUAAUGAUGGCUUUUGUCUGAACAAUUUGAUUCAUAUGUAUGUGGAUUUCAAGGCUUUGGAAAAUGCUCGGAAGGUGUUUAACAAAAUGCCAAGGAGAGAUGUUGUUUCUUGGACUACUUUGAUAAGCGGGUAUGCCCAAUUGGGUCUUGUCGACGCCGCGUUUGAAGUUUUCGAGCGGAUGCCGGAGAGGAAUUCCGUUUCUUGGAAUGCCAUGAUCGCUGCUUACGUGCAGAGCAACCGCUUUCACGAGGCUUUUGCUUUGUUUAAUAGGAUGAGGGCUGAGAAUUUGGCGCUGGAUAAGUUCGUGGCGGCUAGCAUGUUAUCGGCAUGUACUGGGUUAGGAGCUCUCGAGCAAGGCGAGUGGAUACAUAAAUAUAUCCGAAACAAAGGGAUCGAACUUGACCCGAAGCUUGCUACAACCAUUAUUGAUAUGUACUGCAAAUGUGGGUGCUUGGAGAAAGCUUAUGAAACUUUCAAGGGUCUCACUUAUAAGAGUAUUUCUUCAUGGAAUUGCAUGAUUGGGGGCUUUGCAAUGCAUGGAAAAGGAGAAGCUGCCAUUUCCAUUUUCAAGGAUAUGGAAAAACAAGGGAUCGUUCCCGAUAACAUCACCUUCGUAAACAUCCUUAGUGCAUGUUCGCAUUCAGGGUUAGUUGAGGAAGGUCGCUAUUAUUUCCAGUACAUGACUCGAGUUCACCGAAUUGAACCCAUGAUGGAGCAUUAUGGAUGCAUGGUUGAUUUGCUUGGAAGGGCUGGAUUACUAGAUGAAGCCAAAAAGCUAAUUGAUCAAAUGCCAAUGACUCCUGAUGUAGGUGUACUAGGUGCUCUUUUCGGCGCGUGUAGGAUCCACGGAAACUUCGAGUUAGGUGAACAAGUGGGCAAGAGAGUCAUUGAACUGGAACCGAACAACAGCGGACGCUACGUAUUAUUAGCGAACUUAUAUGUCAAAGCCGGCCGAUAUGAAGAUAUGGCUAACGUGAGGAGAAUGAUGAAUGAGAGGGGAGUGAAGAAAGUCCCUGGCUUCUCUGUCAUUGAAUUAGAAGGUGAAGUUAAUGAAUUCAUAGCAGGAGGAAGAGACCAUCCCGAAAGCAAAGAGAUAUACGCCAAACUCGAUGAGAUGCUGGACCGUAUUCGAGCCAUUGGGUACGUUCCUUGCGGUGCUGAGGGAGUGGUAGAAGAGCUUGAUGAAGAGGAAGAAAAGGAGAAUCCUUUGAACUAUCAUAGUGAGAAGCUUGCCAUUGCCUUCGGUUUGUUGAAAACAAAAGCAGGGGACACUUUCAGGAUAACUAAAAAUCUUCGAGUUUGCAGAGAUUGCCACCAUGCUAGCAAACUUAUCUCAAAGGUUUUUGAUCGUGAGAUCGUUGUUAGGGACCGGAAUCGGUUUCACCAUUUCAAAGAUGGGGAGUGUUCCUGCAAGGAUUACUGGUAGUACUAGGUGGUGUGCUUGUGGCUGUUAACUUGGGUGUUAACAGUGUGUGUAUAUAUAUAUUGUAUCAAUCUGAUUCGAUCUAGCCGAUAACUUAUGUGUUAAAAAAACUCAUUUGAAUUUUAUGUGGAGUAUUAUAUAUAUAUAUAUAUCAAUUUUCACGUA